UUCAGGUUUGGCUUCCUUUCGCUUUUUUCUGCGUUUCACAUUGAACUUCCACUGCCUUUGUAGGUUUUUGGUGCGCGUUCACCAGCAGACAUGGUCGGCAAACGACUUGUUAGGAUCCGCUUCCGAAACGAUUUUUCGCAGUGCCUUCUGGGGGUCGAUGUCUUUUGAGCUUCUCGGAUGGGAAAACCGUUGCCUUUGGUUUUCCUGACUUUUUUUGUGUUUCCUGCUUGCUUCUUUACGAGGGCAGACUCUUCGAUUUCUGUCGCCACAUGGGGCGUCCACGGACCUCGUCCCCAUCGUGCCGCGCGCCGCUGCAGAUCCUUCUGCUGAAACAAAGAGAACGAUCUUUCACUGAAAUUCAGCCGUCACUUUGAAGAGUGGUCUCUGCCUUUCGCCCCGAUUUCUUCUGUGCUGUCUGCCACAUUUUCUCGAGGCCUUUGCAGACCCAUGCGAAGAUUGUUCAACCGUGAACUCUAAACCCAAAGUCACGGUUCGGAGAUUUGUUCCACUUCUCCUUUUGCAAAGAACUUCCAUGGAUCCAGAGGGGAUCCUGGAGGACUCGGCGGCUAUCGCCAAAGAAAAUGAAGAGACGGAAGUGAAUUUCGCUCCGUCCCGCUGCUUGCCGGGAGAACCUGUCCACGUCAAAGGUCACCCGGAGCAGCUCGACAAACGUGAAGACGGCGCGGAAAAAGACAGGGAGCUACACCUUUCUCCCGAAGAACUUUGCAUGCACAUCAACGAAAUGGAACUACGAGGACUCAUCGAACCCGCCGCAUGGCUCGUGGAGUUUCUUCCACGUCAGCGAGGCGCGUUUGCAGGUCUCUCUUCUUCUUCUUUCCGAUCUCAAGAAUGCCAGUCUCUCCCACCUCAAGUUUUCGGGCUACUCCUCCAGUUGAGGCCUCUCCUCCACCAGCAGGCGUUUGCGGCGGCGGCGCAGCUGAUGCGGUCUCCAGAGGAUGCUGAAAUUCGCGGCUGCAUGCAACGAAAUUCGCUUCUCGCCUUUCUCCACUUUUAUUGUUCCACGAUGGCCCAUGCGCAGCGGGAGGCCUCGAGUCUCACAGGCUGUGAUUUGCGAUCGUUCGCCCGGAACCAUCGCUCGACUUCGCUUCCCUUUCUCCUUCCCACAAGAAGUCCUUCCGUUCUUGAAAGCCUUGCCGCGGACCUGACCUUGUGGCUCUCCGCUUCGCACCGGCGUCGCACUUCAUCAUCAUCUUCAUCAUCUUCAUCAUCAUCUUCAUCAGCUUCUUCUUCUCGCUCUUCUUCUCGCUCUUCUUCUCUGUCUUGUUCUUCUUUCGCUUCGUCGAGCGUCUCUCAGAGAGAGAGUUGGGGGACGCGGGUGUCGGCGAGAACCGACCCUGGUGAGGCAGAGGGAGCCGCAGGACAGAAGGGAGAGAAGACACAGUGUGCAGCAGGGAGAGCGACGGAGGCGUCCACCUUCGCCGUGGAGGAGGACGGCCAGCAACAGAAUCGUCAGACUCCAGCCGCAGCUGUCGACGAAAACUCAGACCUCGAGAGAGGCGAAAGUUACCUUUGGUGGCUCCUCGCUGUUGUGCGAAGAGCGCAGAGUCAGCCUCUGGCGGCCUUCUGCGCCUUUCUGCAGUCGCUGCGGACGAACGUCUUCAAUUUUGCGUGCUGGCGAGACUUCGCGGACCUCGUCGCCUUUCUGUGUUCCGGAGGCGCCGAGACGCUGGCGCUGUUUGCCUCCGAUUCCGUCAGCUUGGACGACUGCCCAGGAAAUUUCAAAUCGUCCGCGGAAGAAGACGUUCGCGAGUCCGAAGCAUCCCGCUGGAGAGAGAGCAGAAGCGAGAGUUCACGACAGAAGCUCGGCCAUCCUGACCGACCAAACGGCAGAGGGAGAGAAGAGAGAGAAGAGAGAGAAGAAGGAGAGGGAAGGAAAGGAGCGAGUAGCUGCGCGUUCCGGGAUGGAACGUUCCGGCGACCGCAAGAAGAGAGCGACUCAGAUUUCGAGGAAGACGACGAGCUCGUGCAUGCACUGAAAGAAGCAGCAGGCGCCCAAGUUCUGUCGAGCAGAGAAAAGCUUGCGGUCGCGUGGAUGCUCGACUGGGCCUCGUCACCGGUUGCCUCUUACGAGGAGUUCCUCAGAGCGCUUUCUCUUUCGCGUCACUUCAUGACUCGCGCGGGCUUCGCCCUCGUCUGCAUGCACUCAAAAAAGUUUGUGGAAGCUGCGAGAGAAUACCAUAGACUUGCUCUCGCCUUUCCAGACGUUCCCCACCUCUACGCUCAGCUCGCAAAGUGCAGCUACGAGAUGAAGAGCUACUCACACAGUCUGAAGUUUUUCAACGCCUUUCACAAGCUCGCGCCGUACAGGCUGAACUACGUCGACGAUCUGUCCCACAUUUACUGCAUGCGCAACGACGUGGAGGCGCUUGGAAAUCUCACGCAGAUGUGCUUCAGCGUGGAUCCGCACGCGCCUCAGACGCUCUGUGUGUUGGGGAAUUUCCUGUCUGCUCAAGAUGACCGACCAGGUGCCAUUCGCGCCUUUAAGCGAGCCGCGCGGCUGGCGCCUCAUUUGGUGUCGGCCUGGGUGGCGCUGGGCCAUGCCCAAGUGGAGUCGCGGGACUUGGCGUCUGCCGUGCAUGCAUACGAAGCUGCGACGCGCGCGGACGCAGGCGACUGUCGAGGCUGGGCAGGUCUCGGACAAGUCUACGCGCUCUGCGGAAAUUGGUACCUUGGCGUUCGAUUCUUUCACAAAGCCUGCUGUGCCCGACCGACAGAGCCGCGCCUGUGGACGCACCUCGGCGACGGCCUCGCCAGGCUGGGUCGCGGCGAGGAGGCGAUUCGCGCAUACGAGCAAGCCUGGUUUUGGCUGCCUCAAAUCGAGACUGCAACGCGCCUCUUUCGUUGCUACCAUGACCGGGACGCAGCUUGGGGCGUCGCGGCGUCGCCAGAGGGCGCGCACUGGGCGUUCGCCGUCACCGAGAGGUUCCUUUCGCAAGAGAUUCCACGGUCGUCCUCGGGCCGAGGCGAGGCGCUUCUCGCCGUCUUCCGAGCGCCUUGGCACGACCUCUUUUCGUCUCCUUCUCUUCAUUCCGCUUACAGUCGGACAAACGCCAAGCCGCCCUCGGAGGUAGCCUCUCGUCACCACGACUUGGUCCUUCUGGCGUCUGUCUUCCGCGGGGCGCCGGAGGACAUUCUUGACAGUCUCCUCUACCUUGCAUGCUUCUCUCGUCUCCAGAGAGACGUCCGUACAGCACAGCAGCUGAUCACCAUCGGUCAAAGAAUCGGCGGCACCCACGGAGAGGAAAUUGUUCAGACUCUCCGCGGCGACGGAACAGCUUUUCUGUGACUCUAGGGAAACGCCAGCUUCGUGCGCUUCUUCAC